GGGCCGGGAUGUGGCGGCAGCUGAGGGCGCUGAGGGGCUGCGGGCGGAGAUGGCAGCACCGCCCGGCCAUCCAGGUGACCAACGAGCCCAUUCUGGAGUUCAAGCCAGGGAGCCCCGAGCGAGCAGCGCUCCAGAAGGCCCUCGCUGACCUGAAGGGCAAGACCGAGGAGAUCCCGUGUGUCAUCGGCGGGGAGGAGGUGUGGACACCCACGGUGAGGUACCAGCUCUCGCCCUUCAACCAUGCACACAAGGUGGCCAAGUACUGCUAUGCCAGCAAGGAGCUCAUUAACAAAGCCAUUAACGCUGCCUUGGCAGCCAGGAAGGAAUGGGACCUGAAACCUGUGCAGGACCGGGCCCAGAUCUUCCUGAGGGCGGCCGACAUGCUGAGCGGCCCACGGCGAGCAGAAGUGCUGGCCAAGACCAUGGUGGGGCAGGGUAAGACGGUGAUCCAGGCGGAGAUCGACGCCGCUGCCGAGCUCAUCGACUUCUUCCGCUUCAACGCCAAGUACGCGCUGGAGCUGGAGCAGAGCCAGCCCCUCAGCGUGGACAUCAGCACCAACUCCAUGGUGUACCGGGGGCUGGAGGGGUUCGUGGCUGCCGUGUCCCCCUUCAACUUCACGGCCAUCGGGGGGAACCUGGCGGGGGCUCCGGCGCUGAUGGGGAACGUGGUGCUGUGGAAGCCCAGUGACACCGCCCUGCUCUCCAGCUACGCCGUCUACAAGAUCCUGCUGGAGGCUGGGCUGCCCCCAAACGUGGUGCAGUUCGUGCCCUCGGAUGGCCCCGAGUUCGGGGACACCGUCACCAGCUCCGAGCACUUCUGCGGCCUCAACUUCACCGGCAGCGUGCCGACUUUCAAGCGCCUCUGGAAGCAGGUCUCGGAAAACCUGGAUCGCUACCGCAAUUUCCCGCGCCUGGCUGGAGAGUGCGGAGGGAAGAACUUCCACGUGGUGCACAGCUCGGCGGACCUGGGCAGCGCCGUGAACGGGACCCUGCGCUCUGCCUUCGAGUUCGGCGGCCAGAAAUGCUCCGCCUGCUCCCGGCUCUACGCUCCGGCCUCGCUGUGGCCCCACAUCAAAGAGAAGCUGCUGGAGGAGCACGGGAAGAUCAAAGUGGGAGAUCCCACCCAGGACUUUGGGACCUUCUUCUCGGCGGUGAUCGAUGCCAAGGUGAGCUCAGAGCGGGCCCCGGGCUCCCCCAGCUGUGGGGUUGGGGCAGCUGGGGCCAGGUGUCAGCUGAGCUCCUGAAAAGUGGGGAAUUUC